AUGCGUUUCACUUUCCGUCGGAAUGAAAAUCCUCAAGAGCAAUUCAACGACUAUUUCUCGACGUAUCGAACUUCAUUUUGGAUCGAUCGUCAAUGGUAUUUUCGUGCUCGUUGGGGACUCUGCAGGGAACAUCUUUCAAUUUGUUUGUAUUCAUUGCCCUACGCAUUUCAUGGUUAUCUCAUUCCUGUCAACAUUUCACAUUUACAGACAGAAUCGACGUGUCCAGCUGAUCUGUCGUUCUCGUAUGAUUCCGUUCGACAGAUCGGUUAUGAACCGUGGAUGUUCAAUGAUCGAGUGAUGUCUCGAGUGCAAUUGAUGAACAUUGAAAGCCUCUCUGUUGGACUUCCACUCGAUUCUCGAUCUCGGUUCGUCAUUCCGACAUUCUCCAACUUACGUUCACUCACCAUCGACAAUCUUCCAGCCGAUUCUGAACUCGACUUACAAGAAAUCCUUGAUUGUUCACCUGAUCUCAAGUCACUUUCAUUCAGUUCGUGGACAACGACGACAGUGCCACCUUAUUCUCUCGAGAGUUCUUCGAUUUAUCGCUUGAAUGUUAACCCGUAUGGUGAAUUUGAUCGGCGAUAUUCUUACAAUCCUGCACAAUGUGUGGAAUUAGGUCGCUCCCCAUUAGGAAGGCAAUGUCGAGUCUUAAAUAUUCAAGCCGAAGAACUCUUCUGUAUUUUGGUCUUGACGUCGAUGAUGGGUAAACUUCGAACAGUUCAUAUUCAAUUUGAAAAUGGUCCUUAUUAUGAACUUCAUCAAAAGGAGAUCAUCCACGCUUUGCAAGAAUGUUUAUCAUCAAGAUGGACUAUCACGAAGUAUUCUUAUGGAAACAUUACUAUUCAAUCCUAA